UCUUGGGCGAGCUCUGACAGGCCGGCCACAUCAUACUAUACAUCGCGUCUGCCUCGUUUCCUGGUACGUAUCCUGGAGUAGAAGGCGCGGGAGAUCCUAGACAUAGCACGCCAGGAAGCAGGGAAAGUGCAUCGGGGUGACCAAGUCGACGUCGCCGCAAGCGUGGUGGCCUCAAGUCCUGUUCACAGCCGUCAUGUAAAAGGAGACCGCACGUCGUGCAAAGGACAGUCUUUGGGGAACGCCCAGUAGUUGUCGAGGAUAGUCAUCUAGGCCACAGAGACGUACAUGGCAAACAGUAGGGAAACAGUAGAACAUGUCAGUGAGCGUCCGGAGUUGGGUCGGCGUCCGCUGUACUGCGUGGGCGCGGCGCUCGGCCGCCCUCGGGUCGCCCGAUUCGGAUCUCCGAGUCUUUGCCUCGUCCAACUAUCGCACGUGCGCCUACGGCCGGUGGCUGAAUAUGGUCCCUCCUCCUCGUCCAGAGAAUUGGUCUUCUGGAACUCUGGCCAAAAGCGCUACCUGUCAGACGUACCGUCACGGUGUAGUACUACUAGUAAACAUGAAGCCCGAAACACGCACUUUCGGGGAGGCAGAAUUCCCGGACAGUAUUGCGUCUCUUCGUGAAGUCGGCCAAGAGCAGCGCUCAAGCACGCACUCCUCCUUUGAGGUGCGGAACCCCUUCUCCAAUCACCUGGUCGGCCGCGCCGCCUCGAGCGCAGACUGCCUCGCAGCCACGAUAGAUAAAACCCCGCCGACCGCGCGCGCCGCCAUCGUCCUCAAGGCUGCGGACCUCUCAGCCUCCGCCGAGUACACUGAGAAGCUCGCAGCGGCGCUGAAGGCCGAACUCGUCGCACCAGAUUUUGUCCUUGCGCGUGAUCCCAAGGGCUCCGUCGCGUCCGCGCGUGAAUACGCUACGGCGAUUGUGCAACUGAAGAGCGAGCCGCCGUCCCGAGUGCCCGGCCGCAGCGCGAGUGUGGUCGUUCAACGGCGCGCGAUGGGUGUGAUGUAA